GGGGCGAUGCAAGAUGGCGGCACUAGCGGAGGAGCCGGCGGAGGUGGUGGUGGUGAAGCCGGACCCCGAGGCGGGGACGUCGCCGCAGCCCUCUGCUGCUCCUCCAGCCGCCGCUCCCGCCGCUCCCGCCGCCCUUCCGGCUGCGGCGGCAGAAGGGGAGGCGGCGGGGAGCGGGGGGGACCCGACGCCCCCUAAGCCUGCGGCGGCGGGCCCGGCCGCCUCUCCGGCGGCGCUGGACCGGCAGACGCUCGUGGCCGUGCUGCAGUUCUUGCGGCGCAGCAACCUCCGCGAGUCCGAGGAGAUCCUGCGCCGCGAAGCCCGCCUGCUCGGCGACGACCUCGGCGCGGCUGCCCUCAGCCCCAGCGCCGCCGGGCUGCUGGGAGCCGCGGGCGGCGAUGCGGACGCCGCGGGCGGCGAGGCACUGCUCAGCCGGGUCACCUCCGCUACCUCCAUCGCGAUCGGAGGCAGCGUCGCCACUGUCGCCUCUUCCAGUCCCGGGGCGGCGGCGGUCCCCGCCGUGCCGCCGGGGAAAGUUGGAGGAGGCGUUGUUGUGGAAGAUCAGCCAGAUGUGAGUGCAGUAUUGUCUGCCUACAAUCAGCAAGGGGACCCGACACUCUAUGAGGAAUACUAUAGUGGAUUAAAACACUUCAUUGAGUGUUCCCUGGACUGUCAUCGAGCAGAAUUGUCUCAGCUGUUUUAUCCACUCUUUGUGCACAUGUACUUGGAAUUGGUCUACAAUCAACAUGAGAGUGAAGCGAAGUCUUUUUUUGAAAGAUUUCAUGGGGAUCAGGAGUGCUAUUACCAGGAUGACCUGCGUGUAUUAUCUAGCUUAACCAAAAAGGAACAUAUGAGAGGUAAUGAAACCAUGCUGGAUUUCCGAACAAGCAAGUUUGUGCUGCGCAUUUCCCGUGACUCUUACCAGCUCUUGAAGAGGCAUCUUCAGGAAAAGCAGAACAAUCAGAUCUGGAACAUUGUUCAGGAACAUCUUUACAUUGAUAUAUUUGAUGGAAUGCCUCGCAGUAAACAACAGAUAGAUGCUAUGGUUGGAAGCUUGGCUGGGGAGGCAAAACGAGAGGCAAAUAAAGCAAAGGUUUUCUUUGGCUUAUUGAAAGAACCAGAGUUUGAUGUGCCUUUGGAUGAUGAAGAUGAAGAAGGAGAAAAUGAGGAAGGAAAGCCAAAGAAGAAAAAACCUAAAAAAGAUAGUGUAGGGUCAAAAAGUAAAAAACAAGACCCUAAUGCUCCACCUCAAAACAGGAUUCCUCUGCCUGAACUGAAAGAUUCUGACAAGCUGGAUAAAGUAAUGAAUAUGAAGGAAGCUGCAAGACGUGUGCGUCUUGGCCCAGAGUGCCUGCCCUCCAUCUGUUUCUACACGUUCCUUAAUGCUUACCAGGGUCUGACUGCUGUGGAUAUAACAGAUGACUCUAGCAUGAUUGUAGGAGGCUUUGCUGACUCUACUGUCAGAGUGUGGUCUGUGACUCCCAAAAAACUACGUAGUGUGAAAACAGCAGCAGACCUCAGUCUCAUUGACAAAGAAUCAGACGAUGUCUUAGAGAGGAUCAUGGAUGAGAAAACAGCAAGUGAGUUGAAGAUUUUAUAUGGUCACAGUGGACCUGUCUAUGGCACCAGCUUCAGUCCUGAUAGGAACUACCUCUUGUCCUGUUCCGAGGAUGGCACUGUCAGAUUGUGGAGUCUCCAAACAUUCACAUGUUUGGUGGGAUAUAAAGGACACAACUAUCCAGUAUGGGAUACACAAUUCUCUCCUUAUGGUUAUUACUUUGUGUCAGGGGGACAUGAUAGAGUGGCUCGGCUGUGGGCAACAGAUCACUACCAGCCUUUACGGAUAUUUGCUGGCCAUCUUGCUGAUGUGACUUGUACCCGAUUUCAUCCGAACUCUAACUAUAUUGCCACAGGCUCAGCAGACAGGACUGUACGGCUCUGGGAUGUAUUGAACGGGAAUUGUGUAAGAAUAUUCACUGGACAUAAGGGACCAAUUCAUUCACUGGCAUUUUCUCCUAAUGGACGAUUCCUGGCUACUGGAGCAACAGAUGGAAGAGUUCUGCUGUGGGAUAUUGGACAUGGCUUGAUGGUUGGAGAAUUGAAGGGGCACACUGACACUAUCUAUGCACUAAGAUUCAGUAGAGAUGGGGAGAUUUUAGCAUCAGGUUCAAUGGAUAACACAGUUCGUCUGUGGGAUGCUGUGAAAGCGUUUGAAGAUUUAGAAACUGAUGACUUUACUACAGCCACUGGACAUAUAAACUUGCCUGAAAACUCUCAGGAGUUGUUGCUAGGUACAUACAUGACCAAAUCAACUCCAGUCGUGCACCUCCAUUUCACACGCAGGAACUUGCUGCUGGCUGCAGGUGCCUACAGUUCACAGUAAAUUGGGAAGGUGUGAGACUGACUGUGCCGAGUCAUUGCAGUUAUGACCUCAGGAUGUAAGAGGAGGAGGAAUGUCUUGUACAGGUGAACUUAAUUCUGUUGCAGGAAAAGUGAAACUGUAUCAAGUAACGCAAGCAGCGUCUUCUCAUUUCUGCCAUUUCUUAUUUAUCCACAGUUUGAAAAUGCUGGAGAUUGGCAAGACAUUGUGGCUUUAAAAUAAGGAAUUGUUCGUGGUGCUUUUGAUAAAUAUAUGUGUAUGUAUAUGAAAAUGGCUGUCUCCUCUCAGACAUAGUAUUGAGUUCUGCUGAAACCUGUGGAAAUUUAACAGCCUUGGUAUGUGUUCUCAAAUGAUUUUUUAAAGCACUUAAUUUAUGGUUAGCAAAUGUUUGAUCAAUCUCAAACACAAACAAGAACUGUUCAGUUUCAGCAAGUUAGAAUUCACUAUAGCCUGGGCUGGACAACAGGUAUGGUGAGAAUAUCACAGCCACAAACAGGGCUUUGAAAGAGUAGGUCCUACAGGCAGAGACUCGUGGGGAACUGCCAUGAAGUUACACGUGUGGGUUUUAUGCAUCCAUGUACUAAGUCCUGAAAAGAUUUCAAACUCCUGUACUCUUUUGAGGUAUCAAAAAGGCAGAUCUUGUUAUUCUGUUUUCACAAGUAGCCAAUGCUGUCUGUAAGUGAUAAGCAACCGUAAGUGCAAUGUGAACUUUAUUUACUUUCAUACUUUAUUGUAUGAAAAAAAUAAAAGGGACUGAGGAACAACUGAAAUAUCCAUUAUUAAAAAAGCAGACUUAAACCUUUUGUUGUAUUAGAUCCAAAAGGACUUGAGAAACCUGCAUAACAUUUAAUAUAUCAAAAUGUAGAAGUAGCCAAGACAUGGAAACAUUAUUGCAGAGUGAAUUAUUCAGUCCCAAGAGUAUUAUCAGUUUGCUUUUGGGAGGCCAGCUUGUCAAACUGAAGUAACAGUUUCCACCCACAAAUACAUUGUGCCCCAGUAACUCCUGGUGGACGGCCUCUAAAGCUCACUGAUUUAUUUCUAAGGAAAAUACAGAAAACACUGGGAAGUAUAACUUCUGUCCUGGUCUUUGAAAAGAAAACACCACUACCAAAGGAUAAGCCUGGAUUGGUGUGGAUUGGGCUUGAUUGGGGUUUUUUAUUAUUUUUGGGGGGGUUGUUUUAAAUCUCUUAAUAGCUGUAUACAGGGAAAUCUGUUUUGUGUUCCUCAUUACUUUCCAGUAAGGGCUUGGAAACUUGAACAUGAACAAUCUGUUGGCUCUCUAGUGAAAAUAAAAAGAAUUGACAUUGCUAAGAUAAAAUAAAUGGAGGACUACCUCCUCUGUCAUCCCUCUGGCUAACUCGUGGAGUAAAGGUCUAUUAAAGGCAUUAUACAUCAAAAUAAAGGGUGAAAAAGUCACUAGAAAGCUCACCUGGAAAUUUUCUGUAAAGAAAAAGGUUAAAACUAAAUUAUAAUGUUUGGGGUUUUUUUGUGUAAUGGUACCUCAACAAAAUUUCCUAUAUGAUCUGUUGGAUUUAAGUACAAUUAUGGUGAAUCAAACAAGUUGCCAAAAAGCAAGCAUGUACAGUUUUGACAGCUUAAAGAAAACACUGCCACAUUCUGCCUUUGCAUUUUGUACAGUUUUAUACUUUUGAUAUUAUAAUAAAUACUAAAACUGCA